GCUGCCGUCUUGCAAUGACAAUUCUCUUUUUGGCUUCGACACUGCGAGCCGUGAUUCCUGCUGGCAGCAUCAAUUUGCACGAUUACUGCAUAAUUGGAGCCGGACCGGCUGGCUUACAAAUGGGCUACUUUUUGGAAAAAUCCGGGCGCGAUUACGUGAUCUUGGAGCGUGCAGAAACGGCAGGCAGUUUUUUCUCUCGAUACCCACGGCACAGGGCGCUGAUCUCCAUCAACAAGAGGAGCACCGGCCGAAGAAACCGCGAAUUUAAUUCUAGACACGACUGGAACUCGCUGCUCUCCGACGAUCCACGCCUUCUGUUCUCCCGAUACUCGCAAGAAUUCUUUCCAAAGGCAGAUGACAUGGUGCGGUAUUUGAACGAUUUCCAGCAACUGCUCGCGAUUAAGGUGCACUUCAACACGACUGUCACGCAAAUUCGUCGCCUCCCCCAAGACAAGACUUUUCUCAUUUCAAGCCCUUCUGCUGAAGACAGCUAUAAAUGCCGAUGGGUAAUAGUCGCAACUGGAAUGUGGGUGCCUAACAAUCCAAGCUUUCCCGGCUCGGAAUUGCUGCAGACUUAUGACAAAGUCUCCAUCAGGCCGGAGGAAUUUGAGGGACACAAAGUUUUAAUCUUGGGCCGGGGGAAUUCAGCUUUUGAGACGGCAAACCACAUGUAUGGUUCCACCGCACUCAUCCACAUGGUCGGCCGAUCCAGGGCUAGACUUGCUUGGAGCACCCACUACGUCGGAGACCUCAGGGCAGUUAAUAACAAUUUGUUGGACACGUAUCAGCUGAAAUCCCUCGACGGGCUGCUAGAGGCAGACGUUGGCGGAAUGACGCUGAGGAAAAUAGGCGGCAAGUUUUGGGUGCGCUUCAACAGCUCCCUGGAUAUGGAAAUGGCUAGCGACGCCGACAGCUUUGCCCUGCGUGAUGGAUACGACGACGUGAUUUCUUGCCUCGGCUUCAAGUUUGACAAAACCAUUUUUCACAGCUCAACGCGUCCAGCCAGCUCUCGCCUCACGCCGAAAUACCCAGCGAUGAAAUCGAAUUACGAGUCGCAGAACAUCCCCGGCCUGUUCUUUGCCGGCACCGUCAGCCACUCGCUUGACUUCCGUCGCUCGGCGGGCGGCUUCAUCCACGGUUUUCGCUACACAGUUCGCACCCUGCACCGAAUGCUCGAGUGGAAAAACCACGGCGCGCGGUGGCCGUCGCGGACGCAGCCGCUCAAGGAGCUGCUCAACACGGUGCUCAUGAGGAUCAACGAGGGCGCCGGGCCGUACCAAAUGUUCGGCCAACUCACCGACCUUUAUUUGUUCCACGGGAACAAUUCGGAGUUUACACUGCUGCACGAGUUUCCCGCCGCUCUGAUUUCCCGCUUGUCCGAUUACACUGGCCACUCCGCGGAAGGUCCAAUACUGGUUUCCCUGUUGGAAUACGGACCCGAAUUCUCCGGCCCCGACAAAGACACUUUCCGCCCCGACAGAGCAAUUGGAGACCCACUCGAAGCGCAUCUCUCCAAUUUCCUUCACCCCGUAUUCUACUUUUACUCCCACGUCCCUUCAGAGACCGACUGGCUGCAAGAAGACUUAAGCAAUGGUGGAAUUUUGCCGCGACCAGAAAAAAUGCACCACGUGUUGGAAGACUUUCUGACACAAUGGACUGCGCCCUCGACCCACGUCAAUCCUCUGCGACGCUUCCUCGAGUCGUGCGUCAAUGCGGAAUUGAAGAGCGCGACUGAAAACGCGUGUUUUGUUGGCGAACUUGUUUCCAAAGGCGACCGUCCAACAUGUGCCGAUUUCCGGACACGCGGACAUGGAUUGUAAAACGUGAUUGAAAAAAUUCAUUUCAAAAUAUUGA